GCUGCAAGGUCUUCAGGUUUUAGACACACGCACACACAGAGUCAUCAAAGUCAUUCUCAAGUCCACCACCACAACAAUGGAAGAAAAUCACCAUUGUUAUUACAUACCCAAAUUCACCACCUUUACCACCACCACCACCACCACCACGACAAUUAUCAUCAUCUUCUCCACCAUUUUCUUCAUUCUCCGGCGAUUCCUUGGCGGCCGCAGCCACCGCCUUCGAGCCUUCACCUUCAAGCCUAACCCUAAAAACAAAGAAACCUUUUACUGUGCAGUGUGUCUACACAAUGUUGCCGGCGGCGAGAGGUGCCGGAAACUGCCCAAAUGCAACCACUGCUUCCACGUGGACUGCAUUGACCGGUGGUUCGAAACCCGGUCCACUUGCCCGCUUUGCAGAACCAUAGUUCAUCAUCUUCCUACCAAGAAACAAAAACAGAAAUCUGUUUUCUAUUGGUUUCUUUGGUUUUCCAACCAUCUUCUCAGGAAAAUUGGGAAUCUUAUUGUUGAUGGGAUUACCAAGGCCUUUUUGGAAGAUAGUUGAGGUACUUUUCCUAGAUUUCUUCAUUUUUUUUUAACCGUAAUGAUACAUAAACUCUACGGAGCAGCUCUAACAUGGUAAGGUAAAAAAAUAAAUAAAUAGAUAAACAAAAAUAAAAAAGGGGCUAAAACAUCAAAUUAAUGUGUGUGCCC